GGUUAAUUGUGUGAAAAAAAGGGAUUUUAUAUUAAACAAAAAAAUAUACACUGGACCCGUGCCUGUGAUCUAGACUAGAGAAGAUGAAAUACUGUCGUUGCUGCUACCAAAGGGGACAUUUAUGUAUCACCUACUGUUUUCAUUUAUUUUAGUACAAACAUAACUGACAAUCCAGAAUCAGUCCAGUACGUGACGUGUAGACUGAAUUUUACCCAAGUUGUUUCAGGAAAUCCUACUCAGUUCGGUUUUACGAUAAUUGUCUGCGGGGAAAUGUUAUAAUGGCAACCGGGGAAGAUAAAGGACCUAGGGUUCAUAGACAGAUGCCGGCUUCUUCACAACAUGAUCAACAUCGAGCGUCAGCAACAUCAUCGUUUAAUCCGCAGAUAACAAUAAUGAGUACAGGACCAAGCGUUAUAUUCAAGCCUAGCAUAUCAAAUAGUGGAAAAUCAAUGCUAUUUAGUAAGUCUGUCGUAAAUACAAGAUCUUCGCUUGAAUCAACAAGACACAAUCUGUCCCACACGAUCGGAGGUACUCGACCAAAGCCGUUUCCAAAGACUCCUGAAACUAGUAACAAUAGCAAAGCUUUACCAGAUGCUUUGUUGAAUAGUCCGAGUAUUUCCACAAAUACAGACAGAGAUACACUUGAAGCCUUGUACUCGGAGGCAGUAAUUGAAGCAAAAGAAGAGCUCAGUGAAAUAAAAGAAGGUAGAGUUUCAGUACCGACAAGAUUCUCGUGUCAAGAACAUGAAAAAGAAGAAACUGAAUGCUACCCAGUGCGUGACAAAGUACACUCCCGUUUCAUGGAAAAAUCUGUUUUAUUGAAAAACAUAGCAGAGAGGUUUAACGUAAAUAUAAACCUUCAACAAAAACAGUACCAUGUGGAAAUAAAAGGAUCAAGAGGAAAUGUACAGCAAGCAUUGGAGGAAUUGGAAACAAUUGGGAAAGCCAUUUGUUCUGAAGACGCCGUAUUUUUGAAUCAUAGUAAAGAUUAUAUGGAUUCUGUCGAACGCAAAUGUGACGUUUUACUUGAGAAAGAAGUCGUUUUCAGAACUGACAAAAUAGCAGUUACAAAGCAGUUGUUCACAGAAAAUAUCAUCUGGUCGGACUCGUUUGGUAGAGAAUUGGUUGUUGAGAUGAAUCAUUGGGAUGAUGUACAAACGUCAGCUAAAGUUACACCAAUAAAACGUGGCCGAUAUGGAGGAAAACUUCUCAGAAACCGUAACAAUUUUACAAUGGGUGUGACAUGUUGGAUCGAUGGCAAGCAGUCGGAAGAAUCUGACUUGGAAUGUCUUGUAACAACUCUGUUGACAAAAGUAUCGAAGAGAGGAGAAAAAUCAGUUGCUAUACCUUUAACACCAAUUGCUAACUGGUCAUUCGAUAAAUAUAUGAGCUGUUUUGUGAAAAGUUCAGUGCGCUGGUUGCUGGAAAGUUCUGAUGUCUUACCUACAUUGGUAUUGCUUUUUACGGAUUCGCGAGAUUCCUUUCGGAGGACAGAUACAUAUGUCGAAGAAUGUGUGACAAACAGACUGAAAGAAUUACAAAAUAAGCCUAAAGCACCAGAAAUUCGUCUCAUUAAAGGACAACUGGACAAGACAGAGGCUGAUGUACUAGUGAAUACAACCGCACCAAAUUUGGAUUUAUCGUAUGGUAAAGUAUCAUCAGCUCUUCUGAAUGCAGUCGGGUCUAAGCUUCAACAAGAAUGUAAAGAUAAGUAUCCAAAGGGAAUUACGCCGGAUACGAUUGCUGUGACUGGUGGUUACAAGCUGAUGUGUAAAAAAGUCUUUUACAUUACCCUUCCGCGAUACGAUGGAGACAUGAAAAACGGCAUAGAGAGUAUUCGGAAUGCCAUGUUGCUAUGCUUGAAGACAGCGUCCGACUAUGGAUAUGAAACUAUUGCAUUCCCAGUCAUAGGAACAGGAACGCUUCUCUACCCUGUAGAUAUUGUUGUUUUUGAAAUGUUUGGAAGCGUUGAGCGACACCAUAAUGAAUGUCCUGAUACAAAGUUAAAAGAAGUUCGAUUUGUUAUUUUCCCGAAAGAUACUGAACUGUUUGAGGAAUUUAAGAGACAGGAAGAGAAACUAGGACGUUUUUCGACAAAAGAUCCACAGACGCUGGAACCAAGUUGUGAUGUAAAAAUUAAAAUUACAGGCAUGAGAAAAGAUGUACUUGAUGCUAAAGCAGAGUUGGAGUCUAAAGCGAAAGAUCAUUCUGUGUCACUCAAUCAGGUAAUAACUAAGGAUGUAAAAAACCUUGAAAUAUAUGAAAAUGGGAGCCUGGCGAUAAGGGUGUAUGAGGCCAACAUCAUAGAUGUACCUGCUCAAGGUAUAGUGAAUGCUGCCAACCAGGAUCUUAAUCACGUUGGCGGUGUAGCCCGUGUCAUUGCUAGAGCGGCAGGAGAAACACUUCUUAGAGAAUGUGAACGUGCGAUUUUAUAUAACAGAGGUCCUCUAAAUGUGUCUGAUGUAGUGCCUACUUCUGCUGGAAAUCUGCACUUCAAGUAUGUUCUACAUGCAGUUGGUCCACGUUGGUCAGAAUACAAACCAAUUACAGAGGGUAGCUUGAAGCAGUGUUCAGACGACCUGAAACAUACUAUCACAUGUUGUUUGACGAUGGCAGAAACUAAACAACUUGAAUCCAUCGUGAUGUCAACUAUUAGUUCCGGUGCGUUUGGAGUCCCAAAAGAGAUUUGCGCAGAGCAGUAUGCAAGGGCAAUACUUGAAUUCGGCGGCAAAAAUAAAUCAUUACGUGAAAUCCACAUUGUCGACAAUAAUCACGAAAUGAUUGACAUUGUCCACAAAACAUUUUUCACCAUGAUCACUGAAAGAAAACCUACACCCUUCACACUAAGUAUUUAUGUGGAACAGUCAGCGGGACAAGCCACUUUGACAGAUGAAAGGACCAAGAAUACUGAUGAUAGAAGAAAUUUCAAGUGUACGGGAAGGGACAGACCAAAGUCUACCACAGAUUUUAUUAGGGAAGAAUUAUUGUACAAAUCUUACGGGGAUAAAUUGGUAUGUUCAUUGGCUUCAUCCAACGAAGUUCAAGUGUAUGCUGGAGAUAUAUUGCACCUUGAUGGUAUCACUGCUGUAGUAUGCAGCGAAACCAGUAAGGGAGAUGCCAAAGGAAAUAUAUCAAAAUGUUUGUUGGAAAAAGGGGGUCCGGAGUAUAGACGUAAUAAAGAAAUGCAAUUUGGAAGUCAUAGAAACAUUGGCGAAGUAAUUACCACAAAAGGCGGAAGAAACAAAUACAUUUGGAUAAUGCAUGCGCUUGUUUCCAAAGAAGAUCUGAAUGUACUUGCCGGUUUAUACAGACAGAUAUUCGAAGAGGCGAAGACAAGAGAACUUCAGGCCAUUGCUUUACCAUUGCUUGGAACAGCAGGUGAAAAUAUAAGUCCAGUGGAUAGUUCACAGGCGUUGUUUAAUGAAUGGAUCCAGUUCUGUCAAAAGAACAUGAAGUUUGGGCUUACAUUACAUCUGGUGAUAAAUGAUGUUCUCAUUGCUGAUAAAGUGAAAGAUGUUUUCAAACGGGGCAUUGAUGAAAUGAAACAGAAAAUCACUGACACCGACAGGGUUUAUUUGCCUCAAGAGCAGAAUACAAAGUCAAACAAUGAAGUUGUAAAUGAGGAUCUAGUAGUUGCUGACGAAGAUUGUGUCAUCUGUAUGGACAAAGUCACCGAUGCAAAGAAACUGAAAUGUGGACAUACAUUUUGCACCGAAUGUAUCGAAGGCUAUUUUCGUGUUAAAAUGGUGUGUCCUACAUGUGGCAAAGUUUGCGGCACAAUUACUGGAGAUCAGCCAGACGGAACGAUGGAAAUCAGUAAAAGCUCGCGACACAUUACAGGAUUUGAACGUCACAAAAGCAUUGUGAUAACAUAUCGUUUCUAUGAUGGACAACAAGGGCCUGACCACCCGAACCCUGGUGCAGUAUAUAAAGGUAUUGCUCGUUCUGCGUAUUUACCUGACACAACAGAAGGCCGAGAAAUAUGCGCAAUGCUGAAGGUAGCUUUUGAGCGGCGCCUGGUGUUCACUAUAGGAUCAUCAAGAACAACCGGGCAGGAGGGAGUAAUCACAUGGAAUGACAUACAUCAUAAAACAGACAUGAGACCAAAUACUCAGUUUGGCUAUCCAGAUGACACCUACUUACAAAGGGUACGCGAAGAGCUAGAAGUAAAAGGUAUCACGAGAGAAGACAUGGAUACGAAAUUCAUCAAACAACUUGGAAAAGAUUGUUUCAGACAAACCAUCAAUUAACUAUCAAAUAAGUGGUCCGAUGAAACACUGGAAAAUUAGAUCUAUGUAUCAUAAUCGUUGUACCAUUGUUUCAUUUCAGUUGUCGUUAUGUGAUGAUGUUUAUCUUGUAAAUACAGAGGACGCCUUCAAAGGGAGAUACAUUUUCAUAAACUUUAGUAGAAGUGAGUUGCUGGGCACAGUUUUGCGGGAAUUAUGUUCAGAAUAAGUAUUACAGGAGUAUAGUGAAGUACAAAUAAUGUAAAUAAAUUGCAAAAUUCUUUAUUUAAUUCAACGCUUAAAUGUGAAAGCAGAUUAUCAAUGCAUUGUAUCUAGCAGUUAUGAUUCAAAUGAAUAUCCCUCAUAUUGACUUACGAAUUGCAAAAAUAUGUUUGUUUAGUAAAGAGGCAUGUCAAAAUUUGUUUCGACGCCAUUUUCCGAAAAAGCAUAAUAUUACAUGUGUAUGGCUUGGGGACACAUUGCUGAUUUUAUUCCUAUUCUGUUAUGAACGAGAUUUCGUGCUCAGUUUGUCCACCGAGACGCAGUUUGACAUCAUUUAAGCUUUUUACGGAUCCUCAAGGUACCUGUCUGACAUCUUAAAUAUAGACAACCAAUAUUUUUCAGAAAUAGUGAAACACAUUUAUUCAAAAGAAUUACAACUUAACGAGGCUUAAAUCUCAUAUUUAGAAGCGUCUUUUUGUACAUACAUUCAUGAAUAGUAAUUCAGAAGACGAUUUCAGUUUUUACGAGCUGUAGGGGGAUUUCCCUCGAACGACAUCGUACGGUGUCUUUCAGAUGUAAUGUAUAUACGACGGAAAAUUAAAAAAAAUGCUUAUUUUAAUGAAAUAUUUAUAAAAUGUGUGCAAUGCGAAACUCGUUAAGCACAGUGCAAGUCUGCUAUAUCUUCUUACUACAAUUUAUUUUUGUUGCGAUGUAUGUCACUGGCUAUGUUUGGAGUUGCCUGUUCUUCCUGGAAAUCAACAAUUACCUUUUAUUUUUUUUUUGUUUAUUUAUGAAGCGUCAAGAACUAAUUUACAUACUGUAAUGUCAAACCAUUGUUAGCAGCUCAUGCUCAGAAAGUAGGCUAGUACCACAACCUUUUAAUUUUGCAGAGCAAAUGAACAGGGUACUGUUUUGAUAUGUUUGUAGAACUGAAUACAUACAAAUAUUAACCGCAAAAAGAGUAAUUGACUGACGCAAAUUUCAGCCAUGUCGGCGGCAUGGUGAGAUCAAAGAUCAGAUAGGGAAUGUUUUGUUUCAGCUCCACCUUUUUAUCCCCUGAAAGAAUGAUAACAAAAUAUUGACGUGCAACAUUUGGGUUUAAGGUCAUGUUCGCACGGAUAGAUAAAAGGUAAAUUACAGACUAUUUCCUCUCUAUGUUUUACUCCGUGAAAUUUAGGUUUAGAAUGUAAAUCGGUCUUCCUUUUUAGCUCACCUGAGCCAAAGGCUCAUGGUGAGCUUUUGUGACCGCUCAAUGUCCGUCGUGGGUCGUGCAUCGUCCGUAGUGUGUCCUUCAACAUUUUCUAUAAAAAUCUUCUUGAAAACAAACACACUUCACAGGAAUGAUCCUUGGGUGGCCCCCUUUCAAAAUUGUUCAAAGAAUUGAAUUCCAUGCAGAACUCUGGUUGCCAUGGCAACCAAAAGGAAAAACUUUAAAAAUCUUCUUGUCCAAAACCACAGGACCUGGGGCUUUGAUGUCUGAUGUGAAGCAUUAUCUAGUGGUCCUCUACCAAAAUUGUUCAAAUUAUAGGGUCAAAUAUGGCCCUGCCCUGGGGGUCACAUGUUUAUAUAGACUUAUAUAGGGAAGACUUUGAAAAUCUUCUUGUCCAAAACCACAGGGCCUAGGGCUUUGAUAUCUAGUGUGUAGCAUCAUCUAGUGGUCCUCUACCAAAAUUGUUCAAAUGAUCUCCCUAGGAUCAAAUAUGGCCCCGCCCCGGGGGUCACAUGGUUUAUAUAGACUUACAUAGGGAAAACUUUGAAAAUCUUCUUGUACAAAAUCACACAGUCUAGGGCUUUGAUAUUUGGUAUGUAGCAUCAUCUAGUGGUCCUCUACCAAGAUUGUUCAAAUUAUUCCCCUAGGCUCAAAUAUAACCCUAUACGGGGGUCCCAAGUUUUACAUAGACUUAUAUAGGAAAAUAAGUUUAAAAAUCUUCUUCUCUAAAACCACAACACUUAGACUUUUGAUACUUGGUUUGUAGCAUUGUCUUAUGGUCCUCAACCAAAGUUGUUCGAAUUAUACCCCUGGGGUGAAAAGAGGCCCUGCCCUGGGGGUCCAAAUUUUUAUAUAGACUUAUAUAGGAAAAACUUUAAAAAUCUUCUUGUCUGAAACCAUAUGACCUAGGCUUUAGAUAUUUGUUAUGAUGCAUUGUCUAGUAGUCGUCUACCAAAAUUGUUCAAAUUAUGCCCCUGGGGUUAAAAGAGGCCCCGCCCUUGGGUAACUUAGCUAUUAUGUGUGUUAUAUAGGAAAAAAUACUUAAAAAAUCAUCUGAUCCAAUUUCCAAGACUGUUUAAUUAUAAUUACCUGAUGACCUCAAGUAAUAUGAUGUCACUUGACUGUGACCUUGACCUACUGACUUACUUCCCUGUUUUUUUAAGAUACAACCUUGAAAUUUUGAUGGCAUUCACAGUUUUGCACACCAAUCGUAAAACUGAAUUCCAUUGACCAUGAAUAUGACCUACUGACUUUCUUAAUAUUUUAUCAUCAGUUUGACAUUUGAAACAUGUAGCUCAUAUUACUCAGGUGAACGAUCCAAGGUCAUCAUGACCCUCUUGUUACACAUUUAUUAUCAAAUUAUUAUGUUAUAUCAAUUAAAGCAAGGAAUUUAAGUAGACAUGAAAUACUUGUGGUUAAAAUUUUACAAGAGAAGUCGUUACGUCGUCCUACAGAUUAAACAAACACUUACACAUAAGUUUAUAUAAAAAGUUUAAAUUUUAUAUCCGAAAAUGUAUUCCUUUUAUACAGUUCGACACAUUUAUGUUUCAUACCAUACUGAUAAACAAACAAAAUACAUACAGAACAUGUUACCGUUGAAAUUAUAUUAUGUAUAGGGAAAGUUUCUAGAACAGCUAUCAGCUUCCUACUCAACCCUCUAUGUUGAUAUAUGUAACAUUGUAAUAACUGCAAUUAUGUUGAAUAAAUAGUUUUUAAACCAAACAUUUACACAUUUGAUUUCAAUAACAUCGAGUGUAUAUAAAGGAUCUUAUUAUAGAUUUAAUUAUUAUUUAUUAAAAUACAUUUUUUUGUACAAAGCUUAUCGAAAGUUAUGCUGUACAUGUAUGUAUUAUGUCACUAUUCUUUGCUGAGCGCGAAAGUAUUGUAACUAUACUGUACAUAAAUAAAGAACAAGAUACAGUAGUUCGCGCUCAGUCCUGGAAAUAGUUUUGAUAUGGAUUCAGAAUAAUGUUAUAAAAUUAUAGUUUGAAAUUUAUUAUAAAUUAUAAUUAUGAUGUGUUAUGCAUUAUUUUCUGUUUUACAUGUAAUUAAAAAGUUUCGUUAUUCAUGUG